AUGGAGAGCGGCGAGAGGCAGCUCAAGACGUGGGUCUCGGAUCGGCUCAUGGCGCUGCUCGGCUAUUCCCAGGGCAUCGUGGUGCAGCUCGUGGUCCGGCUCGCGCAGGACUGCGCCUCCGCGGGGGAUCUCGCGGCACGGCUCGUGGAUCUUGGCGGUUUCCCCUCCUCCCCAGACACUGUCGCUUUCGCGGAGGACGUCUACGGCAGGAUCCCUCGCAAACAGGGCGCGGCUGCCGGCGCCGAGUACCGAAGGCAGAUGCAGGAAGCGGCGGCGUUGGCGAAGAAGCAGAGCGAGUUCAAGUUACUCGACGACGAUGACGACGGCGAGGCUGGCGUCGCCGCGUCGUCCUGUCAUAGCAGCAGCCGGAAGCGUUUUAGGAAGAAGGGGGCGCCUCAACAGGAUGACGAAGAGGCGGCCGCACUCUCCGAUUCUGGACGCGACGUGCGGCGGCGGCGGUGCCCGGAAUCGGACGAGGACGCCAACGAUCUCGGUGAUGAGGAGGAAGAGAUGAGGCGUGAUCAGGCUGAGAAGGCUCAGCUCGAACGGAAUAUCCGGGAACGCGAUGAGGCCAACACGAGGAAACUGAUGGAUCGGAAGCCGUCCAGGCACGAGCAGGACGAGCAAGCUCGACGAUCCGAGGCGAUGGACAGGGGCGACACCUCGGAGCUCAGGCGGUCCUCUCGUCAAGCGUACCUGAAGAAGCGGAAGGAGAAGAAGAUGGGGGAGCUGCAGUGCGAGAUCGACGACAACGAGUUCCUCUUCAGCGGCGUAAGGCUGACGGACGCCGAGGAGAGGGAGUUAAAGCACAAGAAGGAAAUCUACGACCUUAUUGUCCAGGGCUGCCGCGCCGAUCAAGACGAAGGCGCAGGCGACUACUACCGGAUGCCUGACGCCUACGACGACGCCGCGAACGUGGACCAGAAGAGUAUGUUAUCCGUGGCGAGACGGCGGCACGACGACGAUGACCGCGAAGCGAGAGGAGCCAAGGGGAAGGCAUUCUCGGAGCAGGAGUCCUGGGAAGAACAGCAGAUCAGGAAGUCUCGGCUGCAGUUUGGAUCGAAGGAUCGCGGCGGCGCCAGCGAUGAAUACGAGUUGGUGUUCGACGAUGCCGUUGAGUUCGUCAAGUCCGCGGCGGCGAUGGCGGGCACGGAGCAGGACCAUGAGACGGACGAACUGACCGACGAAAUCGAUGCCAAGGUCACGCUGCAGAGGGAGCUCCAAGACGAGAGGAAGACUCUCCCGGUGUACAAGUUCAAGGACGAGCUGCUCAAGGCCAUCGCCGAGCACCAGAUCAUCGUCGUGGUCGGAGAGACCGGCUCCGGCAAGACGACGCAGAUACCGCAGUAUCUUCACGAGGCAGGGUACACAGCCAAUGGCCUGAAGAUCGGGUGCACCCAGCCACGCCGCGUGGCCGCUAUGAGCGUGGCGGCGAGGGUCGCGCAGGAGAUGGGCGUCAAGCUCGGCCACGAGGUGGGAUACUCCAUCCGGUUCGAGGACUGCACGUCUGAGAAGACGGUGGUCAAGUACAUGACCGACGGGACGCUCUUGCGUGAGUUCCUCGGCGAACCGGACCUGGCCAGCUACGGUGUGGUGAUCGUGGACGAGGCGCACGAGCGCACGCUCACCACCGACAUCCUGCUCGGCCUCGUCAAGGAUGUCGCGCGUUUUCGCCCGGACCUGAAGCUGCUAAUCUCCAGCGCGACGCUCAACGCGGAGAAGUUCAGCGACUACUUCGACAUGGCACCGGUGUUCAAGAUCCCCGGGAGAAGGUACAAGGUGGACAUCCACUACACGGUGGCGCCGGAAGCCGACUACGUCGACGCGGCCGUGGCCACGGUGCUGCAGCUGCACGUGACGCAGCCCCCCGGCGACAUCCUGGUGUUCCUCACGGGGCAGGAGGAGAUCGAGACGGUGGAGGAGAUCCUCCGGCGCCGGACGAGGGGACUGGGAUCCAAGAUCGCGGAGCUGGUGAUCUGCCCCAUCUACGCGAACCUGCCCACCGAGCUCCAGGCCAAGAUCUUCGAGCCAGCGCCGCCGGGCGCUCGGAAGGUGGUGCUGGCUACCAACAUCGCCGAGACGUCCCUGACAAUCGACGGGAUCAGCUACGUGGUCGACCCGGGAUUCUGCAAGGUGAAGCUGUACAGCCCGCGCACGGGGACGGAGUCGCUGCUCGUCCACCCCAUCUCCAAGGCGUCGGCCGACCAGCGGGCCGGCCGGUCGGGGCGCACUGGCCCGGGCAAGUGCUUCCGCCUCUUCACGGAGUACAGCUACAACAAUGACAUGGAGGACGAGACGGUUCCUGAGAUCCGGCGGAGCAACCUGGAUAGCGUGGUGCUCUCGCUCAAGGCGCUGGGGAUCAACGACCUGGUAAGCUUCGACUUCAUGGACCCGCCGGCGUCGGAGGCGCUGCUCAAGGCGCUCGAGGAUCUCUUCGCCCUCGGCGCGCUCAACAGCCGCGGCGAGCUGACCAAGACCGGGCGGCGGAUGGUGGAGCUCCCGCUGGACCCCAUGAUGGCCAAGGCGAUCGUGGCGUCAGAGAGGUACGGGUGCUCCGAGGAGGUGCUCACCAUCGCGGCCAUGCUGUCGGCCGGGAACGCUGUCUUCUACCGGCCGAGGGACAAGGCGCUGAUCGCCGACGCCGCGCGGCAGCGCUUCAACGCGGGCAACGUCGGCGACCACAUCGCGCUGCUCAACGUGUACACCGAGUGGGAGGAGUCCGGGCACUCGGCGCAGUGGUGCCUCGAUCACUUCGUGCAGUCACGCACCAUGCGGCGCGCGCGGGACGUCCGGGAGCAGCUGGAGGCGCUGCUGGAGCGGGUGGAGAUCGAGCGCCGGUCAAGCGCCGGCGACCUCGACGCGGUGAGGAAGGCCAUCACGGCGGGGUUUUUCCGCAACACCGCGCAGCUGCGGCAGGACGGGUCGUACCGGACCGUCAAGAGCUGGCGAACGGUGUUCGUGCACCCGAGCUCCGGGAUGGCGCGGGUGGAACCUCCCGCUCGUUGGGUGUUGUAUCACGAGCUAGUGGAGACGACCAAGGAGUACAUGAGGCAGGUGACGGAGCUUAAGCCGGAGUGGCUGCUGGAGAUCGCGCCGCACUACUAUCAGGACAAAAACCUCGAAACGCCUGAGCCAAAGAAGGCGGCCGAAGCGCAUUUGCAUUGUGCGACGGCCUAG